AUGAAAAAAGCCAAGGGGAAAGACUGUAAUUACAUGUCGAUGGACAGAAUAUCGGAUUUGCCAAAAGACAUCUUGCAUAGAAUAUUGUAUUUUCUCUCUCAAGAAGAUGCUGUCCGAACAUCUGUCUUGUCCAAAUCAUGGCGCUACGUUUGGUGCACUCGUCCCAAUCUUGAUUUUUCCGACAUCAACUUCAAAGGAAACAAACAAGGUAUGGGCGUAAAGGAGUUUUCUCUCUCUAUUAUUUCGGAUCGUACUCCAGGAAUUACCGAUCUGUCGUCAGUAGUCUUUAAAGCCGAUUCGCUCGAGUAUUUGCAUCUGAAUAGGUGCAAUUUGGGACAGAAUAUUCCCGAGAAUAUACCAUUUGUGCGUCUACAAGUACUUCGUCUCCAAAAUGUCUUGAUGGAGGAAGAGAUUUUUGAAAAGAUAGUCUCGAGCUGCCCUUUGCUUACUACUAUGUGGUUUAGAGAGUGUAAAGGUUUGAAAAAUAUAAAGUUGGAGAAGAAGCUUCUCAAAUAUCUCAAGAAAUUCAGUUUUAUUAAUCGCAACACUCCAAGAAUAGACGAAUGUUGCGUUGAAAUCGAUUUCCCAAGUCUUGAGAAAAUGGAGAUUAUAGGCAGUAAGAUUAGGUUUCACAUCCAUAAGUUCGAUAAUCUAAAGACUUUGUGUCUAGACAUGGUGGAAAUAUUCUCUAGCGAUUCAAUCGAACAAUCUGAGCUAUGUAUCGAUGCCCCAAACAUAGAGUAUUUUUACUAUUCAGGAUGUUUUAUGCCAUCCGUCACUUUCGCACCAACUUCCGUGGAGUCAAUUCUGAAACUGUAUAUUCGGGAUUACGCAGGUGGUGCUCGGUCAUGGUUCCUCGGACUAAGUAAAUUGGUCCAGGCUUUAUGUAAUUCUGUAGUUUUACUGAGUGUUUUCCAUCUCGCCAUUGGCGAUAUGCACGUUGAACAAGAUAUACUAGAGCAAGAUGUUAUUAAUGGUGGUGGUAAUAAUAAGCCAAUUGUGCCUUUAAAAGGGGUGAAGAAGUGGUCGGAAUCUGCAUUGUUGCCUAACUUUGACCGUAUCCGCUUUCGAUUGAAAUGGAGGGAAGCUUCACAAUUUAGAAUUAUAGACAAUUAA